GGGCGGAGGGACGCGGCGGGGCCAGCCCUAGUCCAGGGGGGCCGACCCUGAGAAGAGCCCACGUGGGGGUGGCCGGAGUUAGGAAGUGCUGGUUAGGGCGAAAAGCUAGGGGCCGGUGGGGGCCGUGGGAAGAGGAGAGAGCUUUCCUGCCCUGUCUCCACCACGCAAACCAGGGAGCCUUUUUCCUGGGGUUAUCGUAUGGUGCAGGGGCGUGUAGAGCUGGAAAACCCACGAACUUCGGCAGCUGCCUUCCCUUAGCAACUCACUGUUGAGUGACAGAACAAGCCACUUGGUCUAGGUCUCCAGCCCCUCUUCUGUAAAACGAGGAUGCUGUUAAUAAGACGUGUUUUGCUAGGCCGGAAUGACCUGUGCGUGGAGAAAACCCGGAAAGUCGCUAUUACAAUUUUCUGUAAUGCCCACUGAAUUCUUCCAGUCCCUGAGUGGGGACAGAGAGAGGAACAUUCGGAUUGAGAUGGCCCACGGCACCACCACCCUGGCCUUCAAGUUCCAGCAUGGGGUGAUUGUGGCCGUGGACUCUCGGGCCUCGGCUGGGAAUUACAUCGCCACCUUACUGGUGAACAAGGUGAUUGAGAUUAACCCCUACCUGCUCGGCACCAUGUCUGGCUGUGCGGCAGACUGCCAGUACUGGGAGCGCCUGCUGGCCAAGGAGUGCAGGCUGUACUAUCUGCGCAAUGGGGAGCGCAUCUCUGUGUCCGCAGCCUCCAAGCUGCUCUCCAACAUGAUGUGCCAGUACCGCGGCCUGGGCCUCUCCAUGGGCAGUAUGAUCUGUGGCUGGGACAAGAAGGGUCCUGGACUCUACUAUGUGAAUGAAUAUGGGACUCGGCUGUCAGGAAACAUGUUCUCCACUGGUAGUGGGAACUCUUAUGCCUACGGAGUCAUGGACAGUGGCUAUCGGCCCAAUCUGAGCCCUAAAGAGGCCUAUGACCUUGGCCGCAGGGCCAUUGUUCAUGCUACCCACAGAGACAGCUAUUCUGGAGGCGUUGUCAAUAUGUACCACAUGAAGGAAGACGGCUGGGUGAAAGUGGAAAGUACAGACGUCAGUGACCUGCUGCACCAGUACCGGGAGGCCAAUCAGUAAAGGUGGUGGCGGCUGGGCAGACCUCCUCUGGGAGGGACUGGUGACCUCUGCCUGAGGUC